UCGGCCGUUAAGGGCGGGGGCGAGGUGCUCGGCGGAGCGUCGCUGCGGAGCGAGUCCGGCGGUGGCCGGGCUCGUUCGGAAUGUCUUUCGGGUCGCGUUGCCCGCUGUGCGCCGGGCCUUGGGUCUCUCCGCGGCUCUUGCCCUGCCUGCACUCGCUGUGUUCGCCCUGCCUGCGGCGGCUCGGGCCGCUGGGGGAGCCAGGACGAGGUGCCUCCCGCAGCGCCCUCUGCCCAGUGUGCGACGCCGAGGUGGUGUUGCCGCCCGGCGGGGUCAGCCAGCUCACUCCCGACUACCUGGCGCUGAACCGAGGCGGCGGAGCGGCGGCGGCGGGGUGCGACCUCUGCGUCGACGGGGUGGCUGCCAGGCGGUGCCUGACCUGCGGGGUCGACCUCUGCCUCUUCUGCUGCCAGGCACACAGGAGACAGAAGAAGACAGCUUCUCAUGCUGUGACAGAACUGGAGAACACCAAGGAUUCCAGCCAUGCUGGGAAGCCUCUCUACUGCCCUUCCCAUCCCACCGAGCAACUAAAGCUGUUUUGUGAGCAGUGUGACCAGCCUGUGUGCCAGCAUUGCAUUGUAGACAGGCACCGGCACCACCGAUGUGAUUUCACCAGCAAUGUCAUCCACAGGCACGGGGAUGCCCUGCGGGAGCUGCUGAAAAGCACGCAGCAGCACGUGGGUACCGUGGAGGGUGUGCUGAGCCAGAUUGAUGACAUGGGCAGUGCCGUCCACAGUCGCACAGAAGCUGUGGCCACAGAGAUCUGUCUGUUUGCCAGUGGGUAUGUGAAAGCGAUUGAAGAACACCGGGACCGGCUGCUGAAGCAGCUGGAGGACCUAAAGGUGCAGAAGGAAAACCUGCUGCACUUGCAGAAGGCCCAGCUGCAGCAGCUGUUGCUGGAUAUGAGGACAGGCGUGGAGUUCGCAGAGCACUUGCUGAUGAGUGGCUCAGACCUGGAGAUCCUCAUCACCAAAGGGGUGGUGAUGAGCCGGCUGGCAAAGCUGAACAGUGUUGUUUACAACACCCAUCCCAGUGUGGAUGACAGGAUCCAGUUCUCUCCCCAGGAGAGGGCAGGGCAGUGUUGUGGAUAUGAAGUUUUUGGGGCCAUUCUCAAUAAAGUGGUUGAUCCAGCCAGAUGUACCCUGCAUGGGGAAGAUCUCCAUAGUGCCUGUCAGAACCAGCUGACUGGCUUUACCCUACUCUUCAAUAAUACCAGAGGGGAGCGGAUGAGGCAAGGAGGAGAGGCUGUGCAGGUCACCAUCACACACAAGGAGAAGGUGGACUGUUCAGUCAAGCCAACAGUGUGUGAUAAUGGUGAUGGGACCUACCAUAUUUCCUACAGCCCUGAGGAGCCAGGCUUGUAUGCUGUCUGUGUCUAUGUGAAAGGGCAGCAUGUAAAGGGCUCUCCAUUCACUCUGAUGGUGAGAAGCAAGUUCCGCAAGCACCAAGGUGUGUUUCACUGCUGUGCGUUCUGCUCAAGUGGAGGGCAGAAAGCUGCUCGCUGUGCCUGUGGGGGGACCAUGCCAGGUGGGUACCAAGGCUGUGGACAUGGACACAAAGGUCACCCUGGCAGCCCCCACUGGUCAUGCUGUGGACAAGUGAAACAGAGCUCAGAGUGCUUGGGAGGGCCACCCUCUGACACCUCACAGAGAAGUUUGCUCAGGACAGUGGCGCUCUGAGCAGCCAGGGGAGCCUCUGUGAGCACUGCUGCUGACUGCUGCAUGAAGACAAACCACAAGGAUCCCUGUGAUUACUGCAUGGCCCUGCUGCUAGGAUGACACUGUGAUGGGUGUGAACUGAGAAAGAGGAAUGAGAGAAUGAAUCGU